AUAUUUCCAUAUCACUCAUAUGAGAUACAACUACCAAAUCUGCAAUUAUAAUUUACACUAUCUUUUAAUUUUUCAGCAUCUUAAAUCUUCAUUGUCUUUAUCUGGGAAGCUUGUAACAUAAUAAUGGGUGAAAACACAAAAACCGAGGAUUAUCUAUUUCUGUUGUACCAACUGCGGAAUAUGCGGAACUGUAAUGAAAUAGAGUCGUUCUAUCCCCUCCUAAGGUUCGCCGAGCCAAUAAUGGAAGCAGAACAGCAGAACAAGUACAGUGAACCCAUGCCAUGGAUUGGGAUGUACAUUGCAAUAGCUUCUAUAGUUUGCAUCCUUGCAAUGGCAGCAGAUUUAUUACAUGGUUUAAAAAACAGAAAACUAUGGUUUCCAUGCAACUACUUCAGUUUAAAUGCCGCUUCUCUAUCUGUAAUUGCUGUUGCAAUCAAGUUACCUAUGGAUCUUAAUAAUUCAAUGCGCGGUGAUAUGGACCAGGCUUCAAAGCUAGGAAGCAUGGCUUUUAUUUGCACGAUGAUGGCUAAUUUAUUACCUUCUCUAGCAACUAUGGACAACAAGGAACUCCUCACCAACAUCACAGCAUUGGUUGUUCUCGUAAUCACCUUGGUUGUCAAUGUUUGCAUUCAAAUAAAAACAGCUCUAACGAUUCUAAGGUCCAAACAAAUCUUGGAACCCAAAUACAAAGACGGUCAUGAAAGAGCUUCGGUGGACUUACCGGAUGUAAGAUCGGUUGAGAAGCUAAAGCAGCUUCUGAGCCGUUACUGGAUCAUGGCAGGAACCGGCAGCCCUCAGUUUAUGGCAGCUUGCUCUGCUACAACCACUGCUUCCGGGGUAAUAUGUGCAAUAACCACUACCUUUCACAUUUAUACUACCUUAUGUACCUUACACAUUUUUAUUCGACAUAAAUUUAUUCCCACACACAGUUUUACAAUACUUUUCUCCCAUGAUUCGGAUUAUGACUGGUCAAUUCCAGUGAUUUUUAUAACACAAUUUAUCGGAGUCAUAUUGGGGACAAUUGCACCACUUUCCAGAUGUUUUGCAUCGUUGAGUUUUAAGAUGUCUGGAAAAUGGAUUUGGGAGCAUAUCAAGGUUUAUAAAGUAGAGAGCUACUGGACUCAAAAGUUAAAUGACUGGAAACAGAGUAGCAUACCAUCCCCAUUACGCAACCGUAAAUGCAAAGUUGUCAUCGAGAAUUCAAAGUUGCUUAUUCUCAACAUUUGUAUAUCAAUUCAGAAGAUAGUUGUGGUGGUAUGCAAGUUGAUGGCGUUGAUCCCAAUAUUCUUUAUGGCAUGCCUCAUCUUUUGUUCCUUUAUUUGGAAGUGGUUAAAGGUAAACUUUAGUCCCUUGAUUAAUAUGCAAGUAACUAAGCAUCAUGAGCAAUUACCAGAAGACGAACAACUUAGUCCAUAUGUGCUGAAACUUCAAGACGACAUGGAGCCUACUGGGAGAACAUUAAAAAGCAUUUUAAAAUCUAUGAACCAGUUGAUUGAAAAGGCAGAAAAUCAACCCCCAAAAAAACUUAUCAACCUUUUAAAGGAAUUUAAAGGGUUUCAAGGAGUUGAGAAGUUUGAUAGACAUCACGUUCCAACUGUACUUAUAGGCGAAUAUCAAAAUUGUUGGAGCUUACCGUUGGUAACACUGACAGCCAUUGCCAUUUCUCUUCCAAACAUUGAACACCAGAAAGUUUGUAGCUUAGUAAGCAGUGUUGGUGAAGGUAUGUUUUAUGUCACACUUGUGGAGGAAAGUCUCAAUGCUACCGAUAAAUAUGUAAGAGUUCAAAAGGCAGCUAAAAUGUCAUGGCUACAAGUUGAUGUCUACCACAAAUGGUUAGGAAACAAGCUUAAAGACCCUGCACGAAAAUUGAAGACAACUAGACAGAUUCUUAAAUGGUUCAGGACUACAGCUCAAAAGACUCUCACCGAGAUGGAACAUAUGAAAAAUGAAGGCUCAACUAGUACUUCAUUUUUCAAGUCUAUUUGUGCCACUUCGAUGAAUGGUAUCAUCGAAACAAUCCUAGAAUCAUACGAGGAAAACAUUGACGCAUUGGAGGAAAAGGAACUAUUUGGGCAAUUAUCAUCAAUGAUAUCUGACAUACUGGUUGAUUGUUUUACCAAUUUAGCCGAAGUCAUACGAAGGAGGUGCUAUACAAAUCUGAUAGAGAAAAUGGAGGCGAGUGUCUAUGCCACAGCCCAGCUCCUAGGUGAGACUACGCAGAUAAUCAAGUUCUUUGAAGAUCAAGAACUUAUACCAAGCUAGCUUGGGCAUGGAUGAAUCUAUGUUGCAUUCCUUUCCUUAAUAUUUCUGCUAUUCAAAUAAUGAGGUAAUUCGUUAAAAUUUGUCGUACCUUUUUCUCUUUGCAAAAAAUAUCGAUACUUAUUUUCCUUUUAUAUGUGUUUUUAAUAUUCCUACAUAAAUUGCAGAAUCAAUCUGAUUCGAUUUCCGCGUAGAAGAAGUUAAGUUUGAGUUUUCGGUACUCGGUCUUCCUGAUCAAUUGUACUCUUGUCUAGUUUGCAUGUAAAAGAUUUGCUUGUAACUAAGAUAGUUGCUUGCUAUUUGCUGUUAAAUAUAUGCUUGUAUACUAUUAUGAUUUGGUUCAAGUUUUUAUAAGGUUACAAAUCAAGAGGGUAGACUCUUAAUUGAUUA